AUGUCGACAACCUUGAGUGAGGAAGACAUCGAGAAGCUCUUCUCCGGGGCGCCGCAGUUCUUUGCACGGAAUGAAAGCCAUUUUUAUGGCGCUCCGCACCCUAGUAUCGCAUUCUUGUUCGAUGAGGAGCUGGAGAUUAGGGAUUUGACUGAUCAUGUUCAAAUCGAGGACAAAGCGUGGGGUGGCAUGACGGCCUGGCCGCAUUUGACAAGGGACACUGAACAUGACGCCGCAGCCAAAAGACAAAUGCGAGAGAAGAGCAAGGCCCAUUUUCAUGUCAAGUGUCGAGAACGACCAAACAUGAUGAGCAUGCAAGGCCUGGAGAAAGGAACCAUGGGAUAUCAGGCGGCUCUCGAACUUCCGGCAGGUGACUCGCUUGAGGAGGAACAGUUUGGCUUCGAAAGUCUAGGUACCAAAGCGAAAGUCAUCGUCGAGGCCAGAGCUCACAUGCUAUCGCAUACCGGAAUGUUGCGCCGCAUCCCUGAACCGGAACUAUUGGAUCGGCUCAAGCGGAAUAGCGAGAUCUAUCGACACAACGAUCUCAAGUCGAGAACUUCUGUGGAAACGUAUAAGGAUCUUUUUCACAAUUUUAUGAGACCGACAAGCACCGUUACCGACCAGGUGGAUCAUUAUGGUCUCAACAACCAGAUUCGGGCUUUGCUCAAAUGCUUGGGCGUUGCCAAUGUCUGGAUAGAUUUCUCCCGGGUAGAAUGGAGAAUCCGCCUGGGCCAAGUGCUCUGGGGAGAAAACGAUGGUGACGAGCUGGAUGACGACACGGCUAUUCAUGAUACCGAUGAUGCUAAAGAGCGCGCAGAGGAGAAGUACUGGCUACUCAUGCAGAUUUUGCUUGCGACCGAGCUCCUCAUCAGACUGGACGCCGUCACAGAAGGCAUAGAAUACGGAGUGACAGGAAUUCGACCCAUUGAUGUGGUACAUUUCGAACGAGCAGCCUCCCAAACGGUGAAGUGGUCUCUACUCUUAGCUAGAAGUUGGUUGGACAAUAUCGACAUUGUGAAAGAGGAUGAUCCGUUACUCCAAAGACCGCCGGCUCCAAGGCGUGGCAGUAGCUGGCUAGGUGCGCUGGCUAGCAAGGUCACGAACAGGUAUCACAAAAAGAGCCCUACCCUCCCUUAUCACUACACCAUAAAAGGACGUAACGGUGAACGUCAGGUCGAGGGCUUGACGCAUUUUGCAAAGAAUUUGAUGUGGCCGGGGAUAGACAGGUACGAGACUAAAAUAUCCGAAAACGCGCAGAACGCAGUGGAAGAAACUCCUGGACGGAGAAUCAGCUCGCUAUCCAUAAUUUCCAGAAAUUCAUCGAAUUUUGGCGCCUGGGAUAUUACAUGCAACCACGGUAAACACAAGGGUCGCGCACAGGCUCAACGGCGAAGACUGGCUGCCGCGCUUCACGAGUCUGGUUGGCUGACCAAAUCAUACGUGUUUGGCCUGAUUAUUCCUGGCGAUUCCUUAUGCCACUAUCUCAUGGCCACGCUCUUGGAGAACGAUACCGAGGCCAUGGCGAAGCUCGGCCCAUUUGCCAAUUUAUCCGGCGGCUUUGUCUACUCGGGCAAGAGCUUCUGGAGCACAGGAUGCAUUGUUGGACGUGUUCUUGCGGCAGGCAAGGGAGCGGCGGAGUGCAUGGGCUGGGUUUCAACGGAUGUCCUUCCGGAAGGUGUAGAGGAUGGAUGGCUGACUAUUGAGGUGGAUGAUGUUGCUGAGGACGUUUCUCAGCUUGGCAAGAAAGCAAGGCUCUGGGGCAAGAAGAAAGUUGAACGGGAGUCGUCCAUUCUGGGCGAUGGCAAGGAAAACUUCGUACAAGCCUCAGACUUCAUUAUUCCGCACGAGAACAAGUACCCCGUUCCCCCUCCACCCGUGUAUGUCGAGCUUUUAUCCUUGGACCUCACAUCGUCACCGGAGCCAGUACCGGCUACACCGCUUUCGGAGAUGGUACCGACGCCAACUGUUGAGCAUUGCACCAAGUGCCCAGAGUUGAUCUCGUACCCGGCAGGAUUGAAAUUCUUUGUAUCUAUUGGCGGAGCAAAGGGAGAGGAGUAUCAGUAUCCGCUGACGUACGAUGUCAACUUUGUCACAGCCCAUCCAUGUGCUCCAUCGCAGAGAGUGAGGGUUGUGAAAUCACCUGUCUCCAGCCCGACAGCAUCGCAGAUAGACGGGUUUGGAAAUGGGUUUGGCAACAAUCCUCGAGCCUCUUUCAGAACAGGGCAUCCGCUGCAUAAAUUCUACGAGUUCACCGUGAUACACAUUUCCGAACUGAUCAAAAAGCCACGCACAACACUGUCGGAGUUUCUCCUCGACUCUACCUUUGGCAAAGUAGGGUCGAACCGAGUGCUGGUCAUUGAUUGCAUUACCGGGUUUGCAGAACAGCCACAAUCGCCCGCCUUUGAGCAAAUCAUGACGCCGUCAUCAUCACCGAUCCUUGAUCGAAAAGGUAGUUUCUCUGCAGCUGCAAGAAUGCAUUUGGAGUCGCAGAAGCGACAGUUUGGCUCCGAUAUGGAGAUGAUGGUGAGGGCGAUUUGUUCGCAGAGAGGAUGGAACGCCAUUAUUAGCAGGAGGAAGAGGAGUUGUUUGGCUUGUGCAAUUCGGGAAGCUGGCGCAUUGGCAUGGAAAGUUAUUAUUCGAGUACCAUAG